GCCGCUGGCAGCCUUCAAGCCGAGGACGGAGCCGAAGUCCCAGAGACAGACGGACAACAACAGCAGCGGCAGCAGCGUAAACAGACAGGAAUUAACUGCAGGCAGGAUGGCAGAGAAAAAGAUGCCGUCGAGUCGGAGGAAUCAGCUCAAGAGCUUGAUGCUGCAGAUCGGUCAGAUGAUUCUGGAAAAGGAGGCGCGGGACGCCGAGCAGGAGAAGAUAAGACACAUGGAGGAGAAAUGUCCCUCCCUCUCCAUCCCAGGAACCGCGCAGGAUCUCCAGGAGCUUUGCCGUAAAGUUCACAAGCAGAUUGAUUCGUUGGAUGAGGAGCGAUAUGACAUGGAGAUCAAAGUGAAAAAGUCCGACAAAGAGAUUGAAGACCUGAGGCUGAAGGUUCAGGAUCUGAAGGGGAAGUUUAAGAAGCCGGCCCUGAAGAAGGUGCGGAUGUCGGCUGAUGAUAUGCUGGCCGCUCUGUUGGGGUCCAAACAUAAAGUGUCUAUGGACCUGAGAGCCAACCUGAAGCAGGUCAAGAAGGAAGUGAAAGAGGAGGAGAAGCAAUCAGGAGAUUGGAGGAAAAACAUCGAAGACAAGGAAGGCAUGGGCGGAAGGAAGAAAAUGUUUGAAGGAGAGAUAUAAACCCCCUUUGUUGUGUUUCUGUUGACAAGGGUUUUUAAUUUCUGUUUAUUAUGUACAUUCAUG